AUGGCAAGCACAGAGAAUUUACCUUCUCUGCAGAAGAAAAGGCAGAAUCCCAACCGGUGCCGGCCAAAAUCAAGAGGGGGCUGCCAGAGGUGCAAGCAGCGGCGACGCAGAUGUGAUGAAGCAAAGCCAAGUUGUCAGGAAUGCACUAAGCGAGGACACACAUGUCCCGGUUACCAAAAGCAGAGCUUGCAGUGGCGAUAUGUUUUCAAAGGCAGCGAAGAUCCCGCACCACCGGUCGAGUCUCCCGACACGGGUGAAACCGAAUUUCCCCGGGUGAAUGAUCCAAUGCAGGAGGAAAAAGACAAUCCUCAGGAUGAAAUCCAGAAUAUUUGGGAUACGGCCUACCCAAACCUCUUUGACCAGCUGCCAGAUUUUGAUGAGCCAACAGAUGCCUGGUUCUAUACUGAGCCAGAUUCUAAUGGAGCGGCUUUAGCGAAACCUGAUGCCGAACUGGAUGGGUUGUCGAUUCUGCGUCAACGACUGGCCAAUACAUCCGUUCCCUCCUUUCUCAUCCAACUACCAGUGAUGUUGGUGCAGUAUUACUUCCAUACGGUUUGUAACCAAUGGUCAUCGUUCGACUGUCCUCUCAAUCCUUUCCGAACCAUUAUUAGCCGGCUCUGGAGUCGAAAUGCGGCAAUUUACUUUGCUAUCCAGAGCAUGUCAGCCGCCUCUUUGGCCAAUGAUUUUCCAACCAUGCGAGCCAUCGGAAUACAGACACAACAGCAAGCAAUCGCGUGUCUAAAUAACAGUUUCCAGAGGGGUUUUACUCAAACCAAGGAUGAUGAGUACUUUCUUGCACUUCUUAUGAUUGGAUCCACCACUGGGUGGCACGAUGCUUCCGAUUUAGGGCUUCCAUAUCUGAGAGCGGCCCAAGAUCAUCUUCUGAGACAAGAACGCCAGUGCAAGAAUGAAAACUCUACCCUUGCAAAACAGCAUCCACUUUUCAAGCAGUGUCUCCUUUGGUGGAACUUACUGGCUGCCUUUGUGACAGAGGAGUCGCCUAUUCUGGAUGUGGAAAAUUCUAUUGAAAACAGUGACACAGAUCUUUCAGUCUAUCUUGUCGAUGGACAGGUCCUACCGCAUCCGUGGACAGGAUCUCUCAGAUACGCAUUGGGUCUCUUCUAUCGAACUGCAAGAGUAGUUCGAGCCGCAAGAACCUCCCACCGCCGAAGGCCAGCGGAUUUGGAUCCCACCUUGAUUGACUUGAGUUCCAUGGCCGAAGAACUCGAUCUCAGACAGAAAGCCGAACAACUCGAGGACAGAAUUCUCUUUACUGGCUUCUCGUUCUAUUGUGGGCCUGUCGAUAUCGGUGAUACAAACACGCCACCGUCGCAUUUUCUUACGUUGGCCGAGGCGUAUCGCUGUACGGCACUGUUGCAAAUUUACCAUGUCUUCCCGGACAUCCUUGAAGAACGACUGCAAAAUAAUCAAACAGCGGAUGGUGAAGAUUCCAUCCCGGCCCUCUUUUCAGUUGAAUGGUCAUCGUGCUCGGUAGAAGACGCACGUCACACCCUGGCACUACACAUUGUAUCCCUCUUGGAACAGCUUCCUUCAACAUCUGGAACGAAGGUUAUGCAGCCUAUAGUUUUGGCUUGCAUCUCUAGCGAUCUUGUUUUCUCGUCUGGGUCUGUGCUAGGCGCCACAGAAAAUGCGAUUCCCAGUCUGAAUACGCUGGAUGUUGAAAUUGCCCAGGCCAGACGAAAGGUUAAAAUGCGGAUGUCUGAACUCAUCUUAAUCCUACCGAAGCUGCCAAUGCAACGCAUUUAUAACGUUGUGCAUGAAACUUGGGAUCGUGCAGACUCUGGUUUGGCAGAGUUCUGGCUGGAUGUUAUGUUGGAUUUGAAUUUGGAAACUAUUAUGGGAUAG